GGGUCACCGUAAAACACCACACAGUAGGUGAAACUUGAGGCGGCAAAACACGAUGCACGGAAGCAGAGCAGAAGGUUCGAGUCCUCUCGCAACCAUCGAAGACAUUCAGAGACGCCUCCUCCGUCCAUCCUCUCACCACUCAACUUCUCAAAUCUCAACCAUCUCAUCUUCGUUCUCUCUCUUUCUCUGUUUCAUAACCAAUUCUACUGAAAUUUCUUUGGAAUUUAAUUUUUUAAGGUUGUUUCAUUCAACUUCAUGUUACAGAGACGGUCUUGGAAGCCACAACCCCUCACAAUUGAAGGUGAGUUUCACGGAAUCCUUGAGGAAGCAAGAUGCGAAAGAGAUGGAAAAAACUAGGACGAAGAGGAAGCUCGAGGAUUACCUGGAUCCGUUUCUUAUCUCUACGAUCUCUUCCAAAAUCGGUGUCGUCAAGAAGGUUCUAGAGACGAAGCCGAAAAAAGAUACCGAGGAUUUCGAGUGGCCAGUAGACCAGUUGAAGGUGUUCGUGGCGGAUUCGAGCAGCAAAAACUGUGCAAAUUGGAGGAGCAAUAAAGCUGUGGAUCUUGGGAAGGACAAUCCGGAGUUGAGCGGCAAAGGUGGAGACGAAGGAAUGUGCUAUUUUACUAGGUGGCUAUUGAUGAAUGACCGAGGACAUGACCACCAUGGGAGCAUGCUCAGAACUUGAAGAUAUAGAACCGCUUGCCAAGGAGGUUAAUUUUAACCGUGGAGCUGCUGAGGCGUCAUUUCUUGCGGGGUUGGGAAUCGGGGAGCUUGGUGCUGAGCGUACUAAAGUCUAAGCAUAGUUGGACCCCGUGACUAAUUAAGGUGAUUUUAAUGUUCAAAGUUUCAUGAAUGGUGUAGAUCAAGUGUGUUGAUGUCAUGUUUUACGGGCCUGAACAAUUCUACGCAGACAGUGCUCAGAUCGUCACCUGCACAGUGAAAAGGGGGGACCUCAGGUCCGUUGUAUCUCUGAUGCUUAAGUUAAUUGUGAUGUAGGAGAUGAAGAUAAAAUAACAAUGAAGAAGGGUGUCAAAGUUAACCUUCUUGUUCGCUGCAGGUAGUGUUUAUUUAUACUUGUAGACCUAGUCUCUAUAGUAGUGGAGUGUUGCAUUACA